CAACGGCUGUUGUGAGGCAUCUCUGACUUCUGAUAAUCGUUCUCGAGGGUCCAAAUCUCCUGUAUAUAAACAAGCUCAUUGUCGAUAAACUUUCCAUCUGAUCUCCGCAUCUCCAUCUAGAGUCAAGCUCGCAACAUCAAGAUCCGUAAAUCACCACUUACAAAAAUCGCGCCAAACAUGCAUCCCCUCACCCUCUUCGUCGCCGCCCUCCCGCUGGCAACCCAAGCCAACGCAGCCCUCCAGCGCGUCACAAACUUCGGCUCAAACCCAACAGGUCUAACAAUGGACAUAUCCGUGCCCCCAAACCUGUCCGCCUCCCCCGCCAUCGUCCUCGCUCUCCACGGCUGCGGCGGCUCCGGCGCGGCCUACAGCCGCCAAGCAGAAUACAUUCCCUUGUCGGACACAAAGGGCACCUUUGUCGUAAUCUACCCGUCCUCCUCCCGCGACUUCAACUGCUGGGACGUCGCCACCACCGCCAGCCUAACCCGCGACGGCGGCGGCGACUCUACGGGGCUAGCCAACAUGAUCCGCUACACCAUCGGCCAGUACGGCGCCGACCCCAAGCGCGUCUUCGUCACGGGCAGCUCGUCGGGCUGCAUGAUGACCAACGUGCUGACGGCCACGUACCCGGACCUCUUCGCCGCCACCUCGUGCUACUCGGGCGUCGCGGCGGGCUGUCUGGCGGGCUCGCCCGGCUCGAGCCCCAUCAGCGCCGAUCCCACGUGUGCCAACGGGCUGGUCGUGAAGACGGGCGAGCAGUGGGCCGCGCAGGUGCGCGCCAUGUACCCCGGUUAUAACGGGAGCUACCCGCGCGUGCAGACGUUCCAUGGCACGGCGGACUCGCUUGUCAAGUAUCCCAACUUGGCUGAGCAACUUAAAGAGUGGUCCACCAUCCACGGUGUAAGCUUUGCAAAGAACAACACCAAUACGCCCAUUAGUGGUUACACGCAAAUGAUUUACGGAGAUGGGACUAAGCUCGUGGGGUAUUCUGCGCAAGGUGUCGGGCACACUGUUCCGGUUCAGGAGGAUCAGGACUUGAAGUGGUUCGGCUUGUAAUAGCUUUGGUUAGCCAAAAGGAUUGAAAACACAGUUGAGGAUUGAGCUGAUAUUGAUGCAAUGCAAUAUGUACUGCGUAGAUGUCCAAGCAGGCGCUAACUCUUCGCUAGAUACAUGAAGUGAACAGAUUUCUCAAUUACGGGAUGUAAAGAAGCUGCUCAAUGAACACUAGAACAUUUCCCUAAAGUGGUUGAAAACGUUGUCCACAUAUGGAUUUGAUACAGCAGUGGUCGGCGGCAUGCUGGCGUCGGACUGGCUACCAAAACCAUCAUCCCCGUUGGAUGCGAAGCCAUUGAGCCCUAAGUAUCCCUCGAAAAUGCGACUCAUCUCGUUUUGAAUGCGGACUCCGUUGUUUGGCGACUGAGCCGUGUCCAGGUUCGGUGUUUGCUGUUGGGGUAUCGUCGGGGUUGUGGAUGAGCGACCGAAA